GUCGGGCUGAGGUGUCCGGAGCGGGCGAGGAGAGCCGCCGCCCCACCCGCCGCAGAGCCGCGGCCCGACACCAUGUCCUCCGCCAGGUUCGACUCCUCAGACCGCUCCGCCUGGUACAUGGGGCCCGUGUCUCGCCAGGAGGCGCAGAGCCGGCUCCAGGGCCAGCGCCACGGCGUGUUCCUGGUCCGCGACUCCUCCACCUGCCCGGGGGACUAUGUGCUGUCCGUGUCCGAGAACUCGCGCGUCUCCCACUACAUCAUCAACUCGCUGCCCAACCGCCGUUUUAAAAUCGGAGACCAGGAGUUUGACCACCUGCCGGCCCUGCUGGAGUUCUACAAGAUCCACUACCUGGACACCACCACCCUCAUCGAGCCCGCGCCCAGGUAUCCAAGCCCACCAAUGGGACCUGUAUCAGCACCCAACCUGCCUGCAGCAGAAGAAAAUCUAGAAUAUGUACGGACUCUCUAUGAUUUUCCUGGGAAUGAUGCUGAAGACCUGCCCUUUAAAAAGGGUGAGAUCCUGGUGAUAAUAGAGAAGCCUGAAGAACAGUGGUGGAGUGCCCGGAACAAGGAUGGUCGGGUUGGGAUGAUUCCCGUCCCUUAUGUUGAAAAGCUUGUGAGAUCUUCACCACACGGAAAGCAUGGAAAUAGGAAUUCCAACAGUUACGGGAUCCCAGAACCUGCUCAUGCAUAUGCUCAACCUCAGACCACAACUCCUCUACCUGCAGUUUCCAGUACUCCUGGGGCAGCAAUCAACCCUUUGCCAUCCACACAGAAUGGACCUGUCUUUGCAAAAGCAAUCCAGAAAAGAGUACCCUGUGCAUAUGACAAGACGGCCUUGGCAUUAGAGGUUGGUGAUAUUGUGAAAGUCACAAGGAUGAAUAUAAAUGGCCAGUGGGAAGGCGAGGUGAAUGGGCGCAAAGGGCUUUUCCCCUUCACGCAUGUCAAAAUCAUUGACCCUCAAAACCCAGAUGAAAAUGAGUGAUCGCUGUCGCCUGUUUCCUGCUGCUUUGUUGUUCUGCCUCUCAUAGUCUCCUUUCAAGUGGGAAGGCAUUCUGUCUCAUAGGCAAGUUACACUGCAUUGCUGACGCCAAGUUUCCGCAGACUGGGGGUCCCUCAUGCACAUUUGGAAUGCACCUGGUGGCUGCCUCAGCAUCUGUGUCAUAGUCGUAUUGUCAAAAGAGUAGCCGAUUUUAGAGUUCUUUUGGAUAAUAAACUGGAAGUACUGGUGGAAGCAGACAAGUGGAGAGAAUUUGAGGAGGAAAGGGUCUUCUCAUCACUGCCCCAUUUGUAUUUAUGACUGAUUCUGUCGUGCUCAUCAGAGAAAGCUCAAGGCCAUUGCACGCUGCUGUUCCGCAGAACAGUGGUGCAGUUGCCAUUUUGUUUUUUCUUUGAAGAAUGGAGCAAAUGAACUUUAAAGAAGAGGGAAUUCUGUCCUGAACUCCCUAAAUCUGGCUUUUCUUUUUUUUUGUUUUUGUCGUUUGGUUUGGUUUUAGAAGACUUACUAAGGCUUGUGUGUUCUAAACAGGUUUUUAAGUAGCAGGUUGGAUUUUGUUUAUGUUCCUAGGAAAAACAUGUACCUCUGAGCUUCUAAACUGAAGCUGCUGUAACUAAAGGAAUAUGAGAAAUACAACCCUGAGGCAGAGACUGUUACUGUCUUAAUUGCCAGUAAUACCUUGAGUUGCCAUAUAGCAAACAACAACAAAAAAUCAGCAGUCAUGAUGUGCCAAGCUGUGUGCACGGCCUCUUGGACUACACUGUCCCCAGAAGCAUCAGAAUGGGGGGUGAUUUGGAGAAGCCUUUGCUCAUUUGUUUGUCAGCGGCAGGAGCAGUUGCAGAGAGUGGAACAACUUGGUAAGUUUUCUGUCCCAUGUUUCAGUGAAUGUACCCAUUUAAGGUAUAGGACUUCUUUCUUUAAAAAGUGGGGUGGUUCAUAUAUGGAAUCAUUGAAUUCAUUAAUGAAUCUUUACAUUCCAUUCACUGAAGCCCACUCCUCCCUGCUUCAGCCCAAGCUCAUCAGGCUGCCAGAGAUGCCUGUGUGCCUGCAAUGCUUCCAGGCAAAGAAAAUACAAGAUCUGGAAGUUGGUUCAUGCAUUUGAUGUCUAAUAUUUUAGUGACUAGGGAAGGCCAUUAACUAUUUACUAGUUUGAUGUUCAAGUUUCCCUGUCAGCUGAAAGAAGCCUGUUCACACAAGCCAACUGGCACAAAUGUACCCUCAUGUGGUGCAUGUAGCAGAGUAGAAUUCCAGAACCUUCAUGCAUGCUGUCUUCUGGAUGCUGGUGAAGAUAGGCCUCAGCUCAGAAUUAAUACAGGAGACCUAGAAAUGUAGCAGCAACCCAGUGAGUAACUGUGUCAUUUACUGAGCGUCUGUUGUGACCAUGGCUCCAUCCCCAGGGUCUUAGGUUCUGAGGCUUAGAGCAGUAUAUUCUGGUGACAGAAUUGGCAGAACAACCGUUUCUCAGUUUCUCUUUAAAUCAGUGUUCCUUCAGGCAGACAACUGCCAUAUCAUAAAAUCUUGAGAGUGUUCCUGUGGCAAAAUUAAGCCUAGAGGUCCCUGUCCACUGCAGUUGCCUCUUGUUCUGAGUUCAGUCUCAGCCUCCCUCCCACAAGGGGCACAUGUGUGGCAGGAUUGCCAUACUCUGCCUAGGAACAGUGCUUGCCUUGCAGCCAGUGGCCCUGGACCUAAUGAGGGUGUCUAGCAGCAGGUGAGUGUGUGCCUCAUUCGAAGAGGGCACAAAUCUUAAGGCUUUUGAAACUAAAUUUAACCAAGGGGCUUGACACCUUUUGAUGACAGGAGUUGGCUCAGAGUAUAAGAAGUAUAUGGCCAUUUUGGAAAGCAAGGUUUCCUUUCAGCCAUGUCCACUGACCAACAGCAAGACCCACCCCAUGGAGCACUUCAGAAUCAGAACAGCCCACAAACCUAGAUUUGGCUUCAUAAUAAGUCUACUCAUCACCUCAGCCCAUGGACAUGUGGAGGGCUGCCCAGGAGAUGUGGAGCCUGAGAUAAGAUGAGCCUUGAGUUCUGAACUAUUGAGGUAUGUGCCAAAAGUAGUUCCCUUUUGACUUGGGACCUUUUUAGUUUUUUAAUCAGGCAGGGAAAUCUUUUUCACACUAAAUACACAAAACAGCACCCCUGUCCGCUUCAUGCCUGGGCCUCCCAGUGGUUGGGAGACUCUGCUUCAGAAAGUGAUGCAAACCUUCCAGAGGAGCUGCCUUUCCUCCUGGGCUGGUUUCCUGCUCUAGGACUACUCGUCAUCGCUACUUGCUCGGCUCUACUGUGUGUCAUUUAAGAAAAUAUUUGGCUCUUAAAUUAACUCACUUGAAAAGUGAACAAAUUAUGUGCUAAAGGGCAUUGACGGUUUGAUUCAAAACUUAUUUAUCCUGGGAAGUACCACAGACACCACCCUUGUCAUUUGUGCAUGGUGUGGUACCACCUGACGACGUGGUUAACAAAGAGGAGGACACGUUUACUGGCUGCCGUUUGAGGACUUUGAUCGCCCAGAUGAAACGCCUCCUGUGCUCAUGGCUGGGAAACUGAGAGGAGGGAAGGACCGCCACUCCCUCCGUGGAGCUCACGGACCCCUGGCCCUGUGCUAACACUCUUUAACAACUGUUUACAGACAAGGCAGGCCAAGGCAGACGGCCACUGUGCUUGUGAUGUUUGCUCAGAGGAACAUGAACAUUUUAGUUUUUGCAAAGGGAUGAUGGAUGUUUGUGCCAGGUGUUUAUAAUUUAAUCCUUUAAUAUUAUGUUCAUUAACUCUUAAAAUGAGUGAAUUCUUGAUUGUUUUAACACAGUACCUAAGACUAAUGCUUUCUGUGGACACCCCUGAGCUCUGCCUCAGACUCCAUCUACCCUCUGAGACCGGAGACUUAUGUCCCUGGUAACUGCUGUCAUUGUGGACAGGGAGCUCGUUGUAUAUGAUGAAGGAGUAGGACAGUUCUCUGCAGGAGGAACAGUGGCCUUGCUUCUAGACGGUCUUCACUGUGUGUUUUAAAAUGACACCACCACCACAAAACUCUCUUGACCUGUAACUUAAAGAUCAUAAACUUCAGGCAAUAAUAUUUUCUGUGUAAGCUUUUAAAAUUAUUUUUGGGGAUCAUAGCUUGUUUUAUUUUGUGCUAUAAAAUUAACAGUAUUAAAUGACUUAUAUUCUUAGAACAUCGAGUGUCUUUUCUUAACAGAUUAGUGCCUUUUUAUUUUUGUAUUCCAUUUUUCGUUUCUGGUCCGGGCAUCAGACCCAUUGUUUCCAUGGCCUGUUUGUACAUUGUCUCAAUAAAACUUGGAUCAGCCUGUGGCGACGGCA